AUGUACCUGUGGGCCACACUAAAUGCAGAUCCUGAGUCGCUGUGUCUGGGCGUUGCCUGCAAACCUGUAUCUCUAGGCUCCCAGGAGAUGCUCCCAGUCCCAGACUACACCUUGAGCAGCGAGGGUCCACACCAUGCUCUACUCUGGCCACCUGGAAAGCACAGCAACAACAAAAACAAAGAGGGGCCUCCAGGCCUGCAGUUAGAAGAGGCACUGGUGCCCCCAGGGGCUGCAGUGAUGCCGGGAGUGGCUCUACAGAGGCCAGGGGGCUGUAGAGCAGCGAUUUGUUCUGACCCGGACAGCAAUGCAGACAGCUCAGCUGACCCACUCAUGAACCCACGAGGAAGUCAGUGUACCUCUCCACAGGUCAAUGUAGAACUGUUUUCUGAGGGGGACUUGCUUCUUCAGGCCCUGGAAGGCUUCCUCAUGGCUGUUACAGAAGAUGGCUGUGUUUUCUACAUCUCUCCCACUGUCCAGGACUACUUGGGAUUUCAUCAAUCAGAUGUCAUCUAUCAGAAUGUGUUUGAGCUGAUCCACAAGGAGGACAGAGCCAUGUUCCAGAGCCAGUUAUGCUGGUCUCCAGACACAGCACCUGUCAGCAGAGAGGAGGAGCAGGACACCCACUCUCUGCCUGGGGAGAAGAUCCCCCCACUUAGUGGAGCCUCCACUGACAGCCUACAGCGUCUGCCCUUGGAGGACCCCUCCUAUCUGGAGAGAAGCUUUGUCUGUCGGUUCCGCUGCCUGCUGGACAAUUCCUCCGGGUUUCUGGAGUUGAACUUCCAUGGCCAUCUUAGACUCCUCCCUGGAAAGAACAAUAGGUCAGAAGAUGGCAUCCUCGUGUCUCCUCAACUCACCCUGUUUGCUAUUGCAACACCUUGCCAGCCACUCACCAUCCUGGACCUCCAAAACAAAACAUUUCUUUUCCAAACAAAACACGAAUUGGAUUUCACACCAAUAGCCUGUGAUUCCAGAGGCAAGGUGGUCCUGGGUUACACCGAGAGCGAACUCUGCAGGAGGGGAUCGGGCUACCAGUUCAUCCACGUGGCCGACAUGAUGUACUGUGCGGAGAACCAUGUGCGGAUGAUGAGGACGGGCGAGAGCGGGCUCACGGUGUUCCGGCUGCUCACCAAGCAGGCCGGCUGGCUGUGGGUGCAGUCCAACGCCCGCCUGGUGUUCCGCAGCGGCCAGCCCGACUGCAUCGUCGCCCAACAGCGAGCCCUAACGAAUGCGGAGGGGGAGGAGCACCUGCACAAGCGGGCCGCAGCUGCCAUUCACCUUCACCACAGGGGAGGCCAUCCUGUAUGAGAGCAGCCCCUCAGGCCCCCUGACCACCCUCCCAGCCAGGAAUAGGACC